GGUCACUAAACUCUCCAAUGUUAAAAUAAAUGUAGUCCUUCUCUUUGGCUGCACUGUGCUAUACUCCACUGGCCCACUGUACACUAACUCAUUCAGUGGCUUCAAUGAAACACUGCAACAAUCAGUUCUAUGCAAUUUCAGAGUUUGGGUUUUUUCUAUCGGGUACAUGCUCUCAUUCACAGUUAUAAUGGCCAAAGCUUGGAGAGUAUAUUACACUUUUAACAAUGAAAAUAAAAAUGUUAAAGAUUGGAUGCUGUAUCUCAUAAUACUGAUACUAUCAGUAAUUGAUGUCUUUAUUAUAUUCGUUGAAGCAGUUAAUCCUCAAACUAGAAUUAAUGCUAAAAUACUUUAUGAUGGACAAAUAAUCACUGAGAACAGCACAGUAGUGAAGGAAUAUUACUUUGAAUGUACAAGGAACAAGAUUAUAGUGGCCACAUCAUUGAGCUACAGAUCAUUCCUUCAGUUGAUGUGUAUCUUCUUUGUUUAUCACACAAGAAGAGUUGAAGUCUCAGCACUCAACGAAGCCAAACAAACCUCAGUCAUUAUAUAUACUAACAGUAUCUUCAUGGUACUCUCUGGAGUGAUUCAGUUUACACUUGAUCAUGAGAUAAAUUCAGUUUUGAUACCAGUAUUACUAAUACUCCAACCAACACUGUUUCUAGCAAUGAUAUUCAUACCCCUGUUGCUAUUAAUAUACAUUGGGGAUCGUUAUUUUGCUAAAAGUGAGAAUGAAGGACAUUCAAACAAUAUCAGUUCAAAUGAUGAGGAAAAUACACAAAUGAAUAAAAAGGAAACGACAGCAAAACUACAAGCAAGAAUCAAAGAAUUGGAAAAUGAAGUAACUGAAAUGUCAAUGACAAUGAGACGA